AACUUCAGCUAAAGUUAUUAGUCUUACGAACGUGUCUAAGGAAUUUCGUCUUAAAAAAUGAACACUAAUUGGAUGCUUAUAUUAAUCAUUGCCUUUUUAAGUAUUACUGUUACUGGCGAACACCGGUUGUUCAAGAGAUAUUUGUUAUUUCCUCGAUACACGCAGUUACAAGUUAGUACAGGACUUUCAGUACCAUUGGUGUUGCCACGACGAUCUAUAAAUUUGAGUUUAGUUGGCCAAGUAAACUAUCAAUCACCAUGGAACUUAACUAACUUUACUCCACAAACUAUUGCAGCAAGAGAAAAAAAUUCCUUUUUUUAUUUAGGAAGAAGAACUGUAUACAAGUAUAUCAUGCAAUUUCUAAAAAGUUUCGGGUUAGAAGGUGAACAGUGCCUCCUAAGAUCAAUUUGUGAGAUACACGAGACACCUUUACAUAUUAAAGAAGAUGAAACACUGUUGGAGAAACUGGUUCAUUUUAUUUUUACACCAUCUUUGGACCUUAAUGAAAAUUCCAAGAGAAAAGGUGAAAUAAAUAAAUCGUUUACACAAAAAUUGUUACAAGCCGAGAAGUUUGGAAGAAAUAAUAGUGAGUGUGCUGAUGUGUACUCAGAUUGUUCUGUAUCAUUGACUGAUUUAUUUACAAUAAAAUACAAUAUAUUGUAA